UUUAAGGUACUCAAUAUCCAAUCUCCAUUCUCUUCAUUAUCCCUUUCUUCUUCUCUACUCUGAGGCCAUCACCACCGCCAUCAAUAGCAGAUCAUCACUACUGCCGCCACCUCGCUUGAUGGAUUCAGAAAGUGUGAAUUUGGAAGAAAGACUAAAAUCCUUUUUGAUUCAACUUCAAAAUGAGUUUAGAAUCCUUGAUAGGAUUGUUUACAAGGGAAAGAAUCAACAUAGAAGAUGUUUCUACUUUCAAUAUGUCAUGAAGGUGAGGAGGGAUGUGAAACUUUUGUUAUCAGCGGGGUUACAGGAGAUGUUGGACUUCUUAUUUCAAAUUAUUAAUGAAAAGAAACCUACAAGGACUGGACGGUCAAUCUUCUUGAAAGAUGCAAAACCUGCCACUAGAAAAUCUGUAAUCAGCUGGGUUUUAAUUACUUUGGACGAGGACUUCUUAUCUCAAAUUCGAAGUGUUUUAAUUAACAGCCGUAUGGCUUAUUGCUUGCCUUUGUCGAAUAAUGAGUUCAUGAAAGUGUAUAUCUCAGCUUCUUUUUUGGUCUGUCUGUGUGUGUGUGUUUUCAUCAAGUUGUAUCUGCAUAAUGGACCUACUUGUUGCAAUGUAUCUUUCAGUUUAAAGAGGAGAAAAUGUAACACUGAAAAAUAUAAUUACCAGGAGCGGCUAUUGGGAGUUGCUCGUUUAUUAUCGCAGAUGGUUGAACCUAUGGUGAAGUCAGUGAUUGAUAUAUCAUCCUUACUAGCUCGAUCUUUUUUCAUGGGAUUCUCUGUGACAAUUCUGGCUAUACUUGGACGUCUGCGGGUUCUGGUCCAGCAAAUACUACUUGAUGUCGUUUCGGUUCACAACCUGAUUUCAUCUAUAUCUCAAAAGGAGCACUCUGUAAAACUAAAUCGGCAAGGAAUUGAGGUCAUCAGGGAGUACUAUCCCUCAAAUGAUGUAGUUGUACACUGGAGUGUGUAUGGGAAAAAGAUAAGUUUGUUUUGCUUGAGAAAGUGAAUAAAAUUGAGAUCAAAAAGCGAGAAACAGAUCUGCAAUCAUCAAAUAUAAAAUAUCAGACUGUAGAAGCAUUCCUGGGACUUGGAGAUGAUGAACCUGGUUACAAGAAGAUGGACACAGAUAACUCCAUUGAAGAGCACCCAGACCCUAUAAACAUCUACAGACGCGAAGUUGGUGAAUCUGCAGAACAACCUACAAAUAUCAGUAUGAGUGCAAAG